GAGACGCAAUUCAUCAUGGGAAAAAAUACCGAUAAGCUGUACAUCACCCACAGCGAGUGGGCAUCCGAUACUGCCUUCUCAGCCAGUGCUGGCUCCGGCGUGACCAAGGGCAGUGUACCCGGCGCGUUCAAGCGCCUUCCAUACAACUUUUGCGCUCUAUCACUUCAGCCAUUCGAGCACCCAGUCUGCACCAAUGAAGGAACCAUCUUCGACCUCACAAACAUCCUCCCAUGGCUCAAGAAGCACGGAACCAAUCCCGUCGAUGGCGCUCCUUUGAAGUCGGCCGACCUGAUCAAGCUCAACUUUGCGAAGAAUGAUGACGGGGAAUACGUUGAUCCUGUCACCUACAAGGUCUUUACCGACAACACUCACAUCGUCGCUCUGAAAGUGUCAGGAAACGUCUUUGCAUGGGAUACCGUCGAACGUCUGAACAUCAAGGCCAAGAACUGGAAGGAUCUGGUCAGCGAUCAAGACUUCAGCCGAAAGGAUAUCAUCACACUCCAGGACCCUCAGAACAUCGAGUCGAGAGAUCUGAGCUCGUUCAAAUAUAUCCAAGAAGGUGCCAGCACUUUAACUCCGGAGCAAGAGGCUGAGAGGAGUGCUGGUGUCAACUCAAGCGCCCUCGGAAAUGCAGCAAAGAUUCUCAAAGCCAAGGAGGCUGUCGCAAAAGCAAGAGCGGACAGACAAAAUGCUGCACAAGGAAACUCGUUACAACGAGCCAUGGCUGAGGCAAAGAAGUCCAACACAGCUUCAGGAUCUUCCAAGCCUGUACCAUACAACGCCGCUCAGUACACGACUGGAAAAGCUGCUGCCUCAUUCACCAGUACCGGCAUCUCUGUUCAUACUGGCAACGAGCGCGCCCUGUUAUCAGAUGAGGACUAUAUGCUGAAGCCAAAGCGUAUCAAGCACAAGGGUUACGCUCGGCUACAGACCAACCAUGGCGAGAUCAACGUCGAACUACACACCGACCUCGCUCCCAAAGCCGUAUGGAACUUUGUCCGCCUAGCACAAAAAGGCUACUACAAGAAUAUUCCCUUCCAUCGCAACAUCCGCAACUUCAUGAUUCAGGGCGGUGAUCCGACAGGCACAGGCCGAGGUGGUCAGUCUAUCUGGGGCAAGAACUUCGCAGACGAGACUGAGAACUCACUUGUGCACGACUCGCGCGGUAUCCUGUCCAUGGCCAACAAGGGUAAAGACACAAACUCAUCACAGUUCUUCAUCACAUAUCGCGCUGUGCCACAUCUGAACAAAAAGCACACCAUCUUCGGCAGAGUUGUGGGCGGCACGGAUACAUUAUCACGUCUGGAAGCUGUCAAGACAGACGAAGGCAACCGUCCGAUUGACGACUGCACUCUGGAAGACGUGGUAGUCUUCGUCGAUCCUUUCGAGGAGUUCCAGAAGGAGCGCAUGCAAAACGAGGAUGCACAAAAGGCGAAAGAAGAAAUCCAACGCCAAGGUGGCACAGAAGACGAUAAGACUACAUGGACUGGAAAGCGUAUCAGAGGUAACGGCACGGUCGAAGAUGCUGCACCAGCAGGUGUGGGCAAGUACUUGAAGACGGCCUCUGCACCACCAGCCGAAGAUGACGAAAUUGUGGGAGAAUGGGAGGAGCCCGAACCACCAAAGAAGAAGGCAAAGUCAGGCGGCUUUGGCAAUUUCGAUAACUGGUAA